AUGUCCUCAACAGGACUCCUCCCCUCCUUCCUAGCCGCAAUCCAAGCCUCUCUCUCCGUUCUCCUAGUAAUAUCCUACGGCUCCCUCGCCUCCCACCUCUCCCUCCUGUCCCCCAGCACCACCACGCAAAUUUCCAAGAUCUGCGUCCGGAUGUUCCUGCCCGCCCUUUUGCUCACGCAAAUCGGCUCUGAAUUACACCUUGGUAGCGCGCAUCGCUAUGUUGCUGUGCUGCUUUGGGCGUUUUUCUGUCAUGCGGUUAGUUUUGUGAUUGGGGUUGCGGCGCACUAUGUGGGUGGUAUGGAGGAUUGGGGGAUUGCGGGGGUGAUGUUUAAUAACACGACCUCCUACCCCCUCCUUCUAAUCCAGAGUCUAGAAGAAACGGGCAUCCUAAGCUCUCUACUAACAGAAGGUCAAGACAUGAAAUCGGCAAUAGGCCGAGCAAAGAGUUACUUCCUAGUCUUCGCCACCGUCUCCUCCUGUCUAACCUUCGCCAUCGGCCCCCGUUUAGUAGACAGCGAACACGCCCCCGAACCCGUGAAAGACGAAAUGUCCAGCUCAGACGAGGAAACUACCUACGAAGACGACGAACCCCAUUCCCCAACCGACGAAACUCACCUCCUCCUCCCCAACACCACCUCCUCAUCCGCCCGCCAUCCCAGCGUAUCAAGCCUCCAAUUCUUCCCCUCCCGCCGUCCCCAACCAUCCUCAACCCACACAACAACAGCCAAAAACCUCACCCUCCACCGCCGCCCCUCCUUGAUCCCCAAACCGCGCUGGUCCAAACUAAAAGAAUCCACGAAAUGGUGGCUCGUCCUGCUCUCCGACUUCCUCAACGCGCCCUUACUCGGCGCCGUGCUCGGCGCGGUCAUCGGUCUCGUGCCUGUUCUUCAUCGAGCGUUUUUCGCUGAGGGGGGGAAUUUUACUGCGUGGUUAACUGCUAGUUUGAAGAGUAUUGGGGGGCUGUUUGUACCGCUGCCGGUUGUUGUUGCGGGGGUGAGUUUGUGGAAUGCGAGGGGGCAGGGAGGGUGGACUGUCGGGUGGGGGACGACUCUUUUUAUUCUCGUGGUGAGGUUUAUUGUUUGGCCUGUUUUGAGUGUCGCGUUGGUGUGGGGCAUGGUGACGAGGACGAGCUGGUUAGGGAGUGAUCCUAUGUUGUGGUUUGCGAUGAUGUUGAUGCCGACGGGGCCACCGGCUAUGAAGCUUAUUACUAUGAUUCAGGUUAGUGAUGCGGGGGAGGAGGAGGAGGCGAAGGUUGCUAAGCUUUUGACUAUUUCGUAUAUCAUCUCGCCGAUUUUGGCUUUUACUGUGGUGGGUAGUUUGAAAGUUAGUCAGGCGGCGAUGGGGUCUUGAGUGUAGAAAGAUAGAGAGAGGUACUCUUACUCUUGGAUUUUGGAAAUAGAUGCUGAUACUGAGGGGAGAAUGGGAAUACUAAUAUUCGGAAUCCUUGACCACUUUUAAAUCUCCUGUGAUUUCUGGAAUAAUCUCCUCGUCAUUUCCUAAAAAGAGGAAUUAAUACUGUACAUGAAUAAAGAAUGAAUACUCCAUGCGACCGCCAGUGUAAAUUGUCUUGGCAGGGGCUUCGCUUAAGAAGGGGGUAUUGAAG